CUGGUACCUGCCCUUCCCGUGCCGGCGUCGGCGGCGGAGUGCGCAGGCGCGGCCUUCGUGUUUCCUCGGCUACAGUCGGCUGCGCUUCGACCCGCUAGUCCGCCGCCGGCUCUUCCGCCGCCUUGCGCCAUGGCGGGCUGUGCGGCGCGGGUUCCGCCGGGCUCCGAGGCGCGCCUCAGCCUCGCUACCUUCCUGCUUGGCGCCUCGGUGCUCGCUCUGCCGCUGCUCACGCGCGCCGGCCUGCAGGGCCGCACCGGGCUGGCGCUCUACGUGGCCGGGCUCAACGCGCUGCUGCUGCUGCUCUACCGGCCGCCGCGCUACCAGAUAGCCAUCCGAGCUUGUUUCCUUGGCUUUGUGUUUGGCUGCGGUGUGCUGCUGAGUUUCAGCCAGUCUUCUUGGAAUCACUUUGGCUGGUACGUGUGCUCGCUGUCAUUAUUCCACUAUUCUGAGUACUUAGUGACAGCUGUCAAUAACCCCAAAAGUCUCUCCUUGGAUUCCUUCCUCCUGAAUCACAGUCUGGAGUACACGGUGGCUGCUCUUUCUUCCUGGAUAGAGUUCACACUUGAAAACAUCUUUUGGCCAGAACUGAAGCAGAUCACCUGGCUCAGCACCACUGGGCUGCUGAUGGUGGUGUUUGGAGAAUGCCUGCGGAAAGCGGCCAUGUUUACAGCUGGCUCCAAUUUCAACCACGUGGUGCAGAGUGAGAAGUCAGACACCCACACUCUGGUGACGAGCGGGGUGUACGCCUGGUUCCGGCAUCCCUCCUAUGUGGGGUGGUUUUACUGGAGUAUCGGAACCCAGGUGAUGCUGUGUAACCCCAUCUGCGGUGUUGUCUACGCCCUGACGGUGUGGCGCUUCUUUCGUGACCGCACGGAAGAGGAGGAGAUCUCACUGAUUCACUUCUUUGGGGAGGAAUACUUGGAGUAUAAGAAGCGGGUGCCCACGGGUCUGCCUUUCAUAAAGGGAGUCAAGGUGGAGCUAUGAUGGGCAGAGGCCUGCAGGGCCAGGGAAUCUCUGGCCCUGCGCAGCCUAGGACAGAACUGCUUCCAGUUGGCCUCUGCAGAAUGAGUUUCUUAACCAUUUUAUAUGUCACUAAUUACUCCUCAGAAUGUCACCCAAGACCUAACGGUCAGAAGGCCUUAGGACCACAGGGCCCACUGCAGCAUUCUCUUGUGCGGAAUGAAGGUAGAACACGGAUAAACAGUGAACAAGGAGCGUGUCACAACUGUCCCAUCAGUGUCCUUUCUACAGUGGCGGGGUGAGGACCCAAGCCGCAGUCUCACGCCCCCUCAGGCUAGAGUGUAUUGGCACUGUGACCAGGACAUCGGGAGAGGACACUGCCCUCUGCAGCACUCACGCCAGAAUGUGUAGUCAGAGCUGCCUCAUAAUAGCAUUCAAAUUACAUCAAAACCCUUUAAUUUAACCGAAAACACAACAUAGCUUUAACCUUGUCUGCCCUAAGUGCAUGAGCAUCUGUGUUAAACUUCAAAGGCUUUGACACCUUGGCUCAUUAUACAUUUAAUCAUUCUUCCACGCCAGUUUCCUAAAUAUAGCAGUGUAGAUUCAGAGGGACACCAGUGCUCCCCGUCUCUGUGUUUCAAAGCCAAUGGGCAACACAGACUCCUCAGAGUGCUCCGGGGCUUUGAGCAACCAUUGCACUGGGCCUGAGGAUGCGGGCCCCGGGGUCUCCUGCAGCCCUGGCCUCAGAGAUUGUGUUUCCAGAAAGUAUUUUUCAGGUGCCUGCACUAAUGUUGAGAAGUACUGCCCUCUGUGUGUUUGGGAUUUUUUUUCAUUUUAUCAUAACUUGUGUUUUGUAUUUUUUGUGUUGCAGUGUUAGUCUAUUAUAUUUGUUUUCUGUGUUCUUUCAAAGUAAGUCACCCCUACUACUGCUUCAGAUGUUCCAGAGGGCCCAGCAUAGCUCAUGCAUCUGUGGGCCCAGCAUAUUUUAUGUGUCGGCCCAGGCAGCUGACUCCUAAAGAGCCUUCAGUUGAGUGGCUCAAUCCAGGUCCACUGGCAUCUUCGUUCUGCAGGUCUGGGGAGAACAUUUAGCUUUUUCUAUGUUCCACAUAAAGCUUCAAGAGGUGUGGUGGUGUGGGACAAUGGUUUAUAUUCUGUCAAUUAUAUUUUAAAUAAACGCUGAUUGGCCAGUAGCCAGGCAGGAAGUAUAGGUGGGAAAACCAGUCAGGAAGUAGAGGCAGGUCAAUGAGAACAGGAGAAUUCUGGGAAGAAGGAACUCCUGGUUGGUAGUUGUGAGCCCACCACAGAAGAAGCAAGAUGUGACUGCCUAGCUGAAAAAGGUACUGAGCCAUGUGGCUAACAUAGAUAAGAAUAAUGGGCUAAUAUAAGUUAGAAGAGUUAAUAAGAAGCCUGAGAUACUAGGCCAGUUAGUUUAUAACUAAUGUAGACCUCUGUGUGAUUUCUUUGUGACUUAACGACUGUGGAAACCGGGCAGAACAGAAAACUCAGUCAACAAAUGGCACCCACAUGGACAACUGCAUCCACAUAAAGCCUGACAGAGCUUGGGAAGUAAUUCUAGACAGAAAAGAAUAGAGAUAAGCAUGGCUUAUCGAUAGCAGCAUUUUCCCAGGUGGGCUCUGCUUGCUAGAGGCAAGUGCUCUCAUUUAAGAGAGGCUUCCUGACUCAGCAUUGACUGCAAUGAGGCUGGAAUCUCAGAAAGCUAAGGAAUGGGUUGGAUCCAGCUGUCAAAGCCAUGGCUUUAAUCCUACCCAUAUUGCUUAACAAAUUAAAGACUCGUGGUCAGAAAAAGAGAGAGAGAUACAGUAAAGAGAGAUUCAAAGAUGAAGAAAACCUCUAAGUUGUUUACAGUGUGUUAAAAAUAUAUGCAAGUUUGGGAGAGUAAAGAAAGAGGUUAAAGUCCUUAAAAUAAAAAAGAGUAGUUGGGUUUGGUGGCACAUGCCUUUAAUCCCAACACUUGGGAGACAGAGGCAGACAGACCUCUGUGAGUUCAAGGUAUGGUAGCACACACCUUUAAUCCCAGCCCUUGGGAGGCAGAGACAGGCAGAUCUCUGUGAGUUCAAGGACAGCCUGGUCUAUAGAGUGAGUUCCAGGACAAAAGUACACAGAAACCUAAAAAAGCCUAAAAGUAAAAAUAAAAUAAAGCCAUGUAAAGAUGAACAAUACACAAAGUCUGGGUACUGUGUUAUGUUCUCUUUGAAUUGUCUGAAUGCUGAGGAAGGAGCAACAGCUGCUAAAGGAUAUUUGUUUAUAAAUGCUGCUGAAUUAAUCCAAGAUAGGUCCUUUGAAAAUACCCUGAUUUCAAAAUUGAAGUCAAAAGGUAUGUUUCUUUGGAGAAGAGGUUUUGCUUUUGUUUCCACAGGAAAGGAGAGACUGUGGAUUCAUUCUGAGUUAAGAAAAAUCAGGUUGGUCAAGGAAUGCCACCUGAGAAAUCUCUGGUGGGAACAAAUGGCCCAGAUGUCUGAGUUCAACUUCCAGAAUUCAAGAUGCUGCCUAAGAUGAUCAAGCCUCACAGGAUACUCCAGUCAGGACUUGAUCAUAAUUCUAAAUUUUCUUUAGGUCCCCAAAAGAUUAUCAGCGCCCCCAACCAGCAGGAAGUAGCCUGGAAAACUACGCCCACAUUCCCAAAAAAAUGGACUAUGGAUAUUUUCCUUUGUUUAGAAUGUUGGUUACAAGUUGUUAUGGCUAAUGGUCAGGAGACACUAAACAAAGGAUAUUGGA